GGAAGCACAUGAGGCGCGCAGUUACCCCCACGGCUGAUGUUGUGGUAAACUGGGAUGUGUAGUUAGACAACCACCGUGGUUUGCGCGUGCAUCCUGAAAUAUUAAUACGUUUGUUAAAGAAACGUACCGGAGAAUGGAGGCAACGGCGGCCACACCUGUCACUCCCGGGGAGCACGAAGCUGACCGUGGCGGGAGUGAGGAGGAGGGCCGCGGGGCCUUGGCGGAGGAAGAGGGCGGCCAGCAGCAGACGGGCCCCGCCGCAGGGAGCCACAACCGCCUGUCCAAACUGCCCCUGGCCCGCAUCAAGGCUCUGAUGAAGACCGAUCCGGACGUGUCCCUGGCCAGCCAGGAGUCUGUGUUUAUCAUCGCCAAAGCAACGGAGUUGUUUGUUGAGAUGAUUGCCAAAGAUGCCCUGGUGUAUGCCCAACAAGGAAAACGAAAAACAUUACAGAGAAAGGAUCUGGACAAUGCAAUAGAGGCCAUAGAUGAGUUUGCAUUUCUUGAAGGUAAAGGUGUGCAGAUGCAGAGGGAUGUCCAAUGUUGUAUGUUAUACUCCCAGGGCAAGGUGCGUACCAAAGAUGUGUUGCGGUUUGAGGUGCAGACAGAGGGGCCCGACUGCAGCAUACAAGCCAUCAUUCUUUACACGAAGAAGGCGGUAAAAUGUGCUGACCCCAGAGACCGGAAGGUGAAAAGGUUGCUGAGAAAGCUCCUGCAGAGACAGAGAGCCAAAGCCCACCGAACCAUGUGGCUCCUUCCUCAUGACAACCUGCCCGUCAUGUCAGAGGACAAGAAAGAUAACUGGGCAUUUCUCAAUGUGGAGUGAUGGAGUGCUGAAAUACGGAUGAAGAAUCAUAGUCAUAAGCCAAGUAAACUUCAGCAGCCUGUUAUCUUCACAUGGCGGAGCUCGCUGACUCUCCAGUUGUCUCAUGUCUUUCUCUAUCUACACUAUCUGUCUCCCUGGGACCAGACCUGGGCAGCAAUACAUAUUUAAAUGGCUUUACAUAUUUAAACAUGAACUGUGCUUGAAAUGUUCCCAAACAUGUGGCUGGAACUGUCUCAACAGCAGAUUAAUACUUGUAAGAUAAGUUGAAUUGAUUCAUUUUAAAUGGCUUAUACUGUUAUUUGCCAGAGUCUGCCUGGAAGUGUCUCCCUCUACAACUAUUACUACUCGUGGCUGAUGUGAAAUCAGUGAAACUCUUAUUAUAAAUAACGAUAAAUGAUUAGUAACAUACUUUAUGCUUAAUUGUGACUUGUAUACCUUCAGUAAUGUGUAAUGACACACAGUAAACUAGAUGGGAUGUUGUCACAGAGCACUAAGUGUGCAGAACUUUGAGGAGCUAAGAUGGGGAGUCUAGUAAUGAUUUGCACCUAUUUUUGUACAAUUAAGAUUUCAGUUUAGUUAGGUAUUAAAGCCCUCCUUUAGGCUUUGACCUCCUAUAUUGACUGUUUAAUGGGUGAAACUUUGAAUGUUUCCACCUGAUUUUACCUCUCUGUGUCACAUAAUAAAAACAUUUUCUUGGUAUUUUGUUUACUCUGUAUAAUGACUGUUUGUAGGCUCAAACUCUGCCACCCCAGUAUGAAAUGAGGCCCUCACCACACACAUAUACCAGAGAUUUCAAUACCUAUUUGCAGUUCACAUGUGUCACCCAAUAGUCAGUCACUGAACUAUGCCAAAGUAUUCAUGAUCAAAUUCACCACAGGACCUGGCUUUUAAAACCUCGAGGGCUCAUUUGUGUGUGAAACAUACAACUAUUGUAUUGUGGAAGAAUGCACUGUAUGUUAAAACACAGUAUGUCAAGUGAACUAUUUUAUAAAUUAAUCCAAACUGGAGAUGACUG